GUCUGUGUGGGUGCGGCUCUCUUCUUCCUGGUCGAGUCUGUCCAAUCACAUUUCUUGCUCCUAACGUAACGUCAUAACGUCGGAAGCAGACUAAGUGUAAACACAGCCCCAGUAUGAGGCAUGGACGGUCAAAAUAUAACCAAAGUGGUACUGCUGGCGUGCGGGUCCUUCAACCCGAUCACCAACAUGCACCUGAGGAUGUUUGAACUGGCUCGAGAUCACUUGGAAGACACAGGUGAGUACAGGGUGGUGAAAGGCAUCAUCUCUCCGGUGUGUGAUGCCUAUAAGAAGAAGGGUUUGAUUGAGGCCUGCCACCGUCUGGAGAUGGCCAGAUUGUCCACAAAGAACUCAGACUGGAUCACAGCAGAUUCCUGGGAAUGCUCGCAGCCAGAGUGGGUGGAGACGUGCAAAGUUGUUCGGCACCACUAUGACGAAAUGCUUGCAGCAGAGCAGAACAAUGAUGCUGUGGACACGGUCAAGUGCGCAAAAAAGAGACGCAUAGAGGAGAAUUAUUUUGAGGAUUCAUCCUAUCACAAAAGGAGAGAUGGCCCUCAGCUGAUGUUACUGUGUGGGGCCGACGUCCUGGAGUCGUUUGGGGUCCCUAACCUGUGGAAGCAGGAGGAUAUCGCUGAGAUUGUGGGCCGCUAUGGUUUGGUUUGCAUCAGCCGCAGCGGCAGCGACCCCCACAAGUUCAUCCACCAAUCAGACGUGCUGUGGAAGUAUCGCAAGAGCAUCCAUGUGGUCCAAGAAUGGGUGACCAAUGAGAUCUCAGCCACUCACGUGCGCCGGUCGCUGCGUCGCGGGCGGAGCAUCAGGUACCUGCUCCCAGACAACGUGGUUGAUUACAUACGAGAGCACAGCCUCUACAGCGAUGAGAGCGAGCGCAAAAAUUCAGAUGUAGUUCUAGCACCACUUGAGAGAUACAAGGGCGCCGCCUCAAGCUGAGGGAGUUCAUUCCUGCAAAAACAGAGAUGUAAGCUGUCUACUAAGUGUUCACUGAGAAUCUAAAACAAAUCAUAAACAAUUCAGACCACCAGUGCCUACUAUACAGAACAGUCUUUUCUAGUAAUGGGUGUUGUUUUUUGAGAAGACAAAUCUGCAUAGACUAUUCUCAGUGAAGUGAUUCAGUAACAAUUAAAGCAAUGGUAUUUCUUGUGAUUUGAUGCC